AUGACGGAACCCGAUGUCGUCGUAACCGGCGUUGUCGCCGACGUCAGCGAGGGCAGGCGGUCGUCAAUCGAGAAGAAGCCCAUUAUUAUACCCGACGCCGCCGAUGGCCUUGACGACAGCGAGCCACCAGCCUUCGAGCGCCUUCCCGACGAAAUCAUUCAACAAAUACUGCAGGCCACGGAUUCCAAUGGCUUCGCGUCGCUGGCCCUGCUCAACUCGAAAUGGAGGAGCGUCGCGCAGCAAGCCCACCUCUACGCGCAUCACCUUGCGAAUUGCCCCUCGUAUGGUAUGAGCCAUAGCGGCCCCCCGCAGGUUACCGGCGACGAUGAUUUGCCCAAACUCCGCCGCCUGUUUGCUCGAGAAGUCAAACGCAACCUGUUCGAGGCGUACCUCCGUCCCAGCCAGACCGUGAUCAAAGUGAUAUCGAAUUCGAUCAGCUCCUCAUCCUGUCCGGGCGGCGAAGGCAUCCAGUUCAGCGCCUCGCCAAAAGGCCACCAUCUUCUUGCCUACAACUCGUCGAGGAUACAUGUCAUCGACCUCCGCGCGCUCGAGAUCGCCGUCAAGAGGGAGUUCAAGAUACUGCGACGCCCGGCUGCGACGUGCAUCAAUGACGAAGGCACCACGCUUGCCGUUUUGCUGACCGAGAUGGAGGUGGAUAUUUACGACCUUAACAAGACACCGCCGAAACGAACACACUCGAUGAUCCUGGACCACAGCCCCCGCGCUAUCGCCCUCUCCCCCUGCGGUUCCGUUCUGGCCGCGGCCUACGAAGGCGGCAUCGAAGUCUCGUCUAUAAACCCCGGGGCACUGGCUACCGACAGGCGCGCGGUCAAGUGCGACGGUAAUGGCAAGUACGACGAAGCUGCCUGGACCUUCACCUAUGACAGGAGCUUUGAGACUUUCCGGGCGGUGCGCAUCGACGAUUUGCGGAACGGGACAACCUAUUUCACGGGUCCAGUGCCCAGUCCGAACUCGCAAGCCCGGCUGAUCCCCUGCACGUUGCCCGCCGCAUCCUAUUACGGCGAUCUCGUCUCGGCCGGCUUUCAGGGGAAGGAAAUCUGGCUUUAUGGCGUACCCGAGGACCUUGAUGCCGUGCCCGAAACUACAAACGCCAGCGCGGAGAACGGCUCUAACGCAAACGGGCUCUCCCGCCACAACAGUGGUCCGUCCGUUCGUUCGAGUGUCAGGUUACAAGAAAACAGCGAUUCCGCGAGGGUACCGCAAUGGCAGAUUCUAUGCGACAAGCUCCGGAACACCUUUGUUGCGGGCUCCAAAAUCGGCGAGCUGGAGGGCGUCAACACGGUCAAGUUUGUGGCGGACUUUGCAGAGUCGAGCGUGAAGGAACGGUUACUAGUGGCUGCUCGCGGUGUCGCGCCAAAUAUCUCGGUGACCGACGAGGAGGGGAUUGACUUCGUGGAUGGCGGCCGUAUCACCAUCAUGGACUUUGACUAUGGAGUCACGGACGGGACCACUACGGAGUACACCAUCGAGGUCGGGACGGAAGACAAACCGGAGGUGCUUGAAGAAGAGCACCGGGACAUGGCGACCGAGGUUGCCAUCGUUCGUCGACGGACAGUUGCCCAGAAUAGGGGAAGCCGUCACGCCGGCGCCAUGCGCAGCGCGACAAGUGCGGCUCGCCCCCCGCCGCUGCCUACACAGGCGCCCACGCAGCCGGAAGGUGACGAAGAUGACCCUCUUGUUCCUCGCCGCAUUGGAGGGGGCCCCCAUCCGAGUGUCGAGCAAACGGUCGCGGGCGAGGAAACCGAGGGGCAAUCGAUCGAAGAGCAAGAAGCAUUGGAUGCGCCAUAUGCACAUGCAAGCCCGCGGUCAGGGACAACGCUCCGCCGUGCAGCAACCGCAGCAGCCAACACUCGCCGACUACACCCCUCGGCAACUACCAGUGGUCAUAUCGUAUAUCGCAGGGCGGACGGCCGCGCCGAGCAUCCUCACGAGAGCGACGCCGACAACUGGGUCCCGCCGCCACCCCCCUAUCAGAAAGACGACCCGGGUGAUUUACCUUCAUUCCUCCGCCACACAUCUAUUCUGCCGCCUACCGGUUCAGGCCCAGCAUCCGCUGGGGAGGGGACCGAACAAAGUGCGGACCGGAAAGCCAUGCGGAACUCGUCAGCCUCUAUGCACCAGCAGCAUCGUCGUGCUCAAACAGUGGCGUCGGCGAAUCGAUACUCGUCCCCCGUUCCGCCUGUCCCACCACUCCCUUCCCUCUCUGAUAUGCCACCAGUUCCCCCCGUACCGGCUCUUCCGCCGGGAGUGGCCGGUUCCCCGUUGCCCCCAGUCCCCCCUCUGCCGCAAACUCGCGCUCAUGAGCGCGGCGGGAGUCUGGGAACCCCAUCCUCCAACGGGGACUCAGCGCGUCCAGCCUCCAGGGCCUCGCGCUAUCUCGAGGGUGAGAACAUUUACGACGUCUCACCGCCCGACUCGCCUGCGCUGGCGCCAGUGGGACGGCAUGUGUCGCGCGAACCUAGCGACACCAGGGCAGCGAGCAAUCCUGAACAACCAUCUCAAACGAGCAUGGUGCCACCUGGCUCGCCCCCGACCACGAUUGGAGGGGCAUCUGUAACCACGGGGAGGAACCAGACCGCUUCUGUGUCGCCAGAGGGUGGUCACCCGGCGACCCUUGUUGUGCAGGCCGCGGUGCAGACCCCUAGCGAUCCCAUCCCGCCUGUGAACGAUAUCCCAGCUGGCGGUGACCCCUUGGUGCGACGUAUUUCUGUCUCGAGGACGUGGCCGAUACAGCCGGUGGCAAUUAACACCAACAACCCCCCCGUCGGUUACCCUUACUCGGCGCCCCCGGUCAACAACAACGAACUGCUUUCCCAGUCUUUCCCUCUACCGGGAAGCGAACAGAAUCCCGCCUUCAACAACCUCGCGCCCGCGUCACGGCCCCUAUCUGGCAGUUUCCCGCUCCCGGGGGUAGCAACCGACAGUCACCCAGGCGGUGAGCACAGCUGGCGGCGCACCUCCACCCCGAAGGGCGUCUCGGGCGCCUUCGACCCGCCCGAACGGCACCCCUCGGACCGGCGCGCCGAGACGCCCAUCCUCUCUCCCAUCCCACGCCACCCCCGCCCGCAAACGCAGGCCUCCAUCCUCCGCCCGCCACCGCAAGAGCACCCCCAACCGCAACAACAACAACACCACCACUAUCAACAACAACCGCACCACCUCCAACCCCAACACCAACAACCAUACCAACCACAACAACAACAACAACCACCCCCAGACCACCGCCUCGGCCCCAUCUACAACAGCCCCCCGAACCUCGCCCCCGGCAGCCUCCUCGCCGUCCCGCCCCCUCCCGGGUCCGCAUCGACGAGCUUCUCGCGGCGGGUGCCGAGCCUGAGCCGCAAGCAGAGCCGGGCGGAGCGGUCGGCGGCCAAGAACGUGGCCGACGCCAAGAAGCGCGGGUGGAGCGGGCGGUCGACGCGCAGCAAGAGCCGCAGGGGUGGGGGGCGUAAGAAUAAGGGUGGUGGUGGUGGUGAUUUUGAUGAUGCGCAGAGUACGGCCGGGUGGACUGAUGUUACGGUUGCGGCGUACAGCGUGCGGUCGGCUUUUGGGGUGGGGGGGAGGAGGCAUGGUGGGAAUGGGGGUGGUGCUAGUGGAGGUGGGGGUGGGGGUGGUGUGGAUGGGGUGAGGGAGAAGAAGGGGAGCGCCUCAGACACGCGGGGCGGCGACGAGCUUGUCUGGGCGGGCGGGCCGUCUGUCGUGGCGAUGGGGUUGCCGCGGCUGGAGUUGGUGGCCAUUUUGUGUGUGUGUGUGUUUUGGUCGGUGCCGCCCAAACCCGGCGGUCCAUGGCCCUUAUCCGCGGUGACAGUCAACCUCAACCCGUCACGCGGCGCGGUAGACGAGCUCAAGCAAGCCGCCAUCUCCCGUGUCGAGGAUUGGCUGGCCCUGGGAACCCGUCUCAAACAGCCGCCCCCUUGGGAUUCCGCCCACAACGCCGCCGUCAUCCUCGUGUCGCAGUCGCUGGCCGCCUGGCUGAAUGAUGAUGCCUUUGUCGCCCGCCUGCUUGCCGCCUCGGGCAUGUCCGACCGACAAGGGGCAACUCUGUCCGUGCUGAGCGCCGCCGUCGACAAAGUCCCCCGCUAUGAUCGCCACAUCGACACCUUUUCCUCGUCAGAAGGCAUCUCGCUUCUGCGCGGCCGGGCCCUCCACCUGUUCCCGUCGUCCCUCUUCGGCCCCGAGCACAGCGCCCAGGUUGAUUCACCGCCCUCGCUCGUGUUCCAACGGCAGCCUGCCCACACGGGCCAAACGGGCCAACUGGCCGUCCAUGUUCCUCUGGCCAACACCCUCUUCUCCACUGGUAGCCAGAACGCCUUCUUUGCGUCCCGCUGGCGUGCCAACAGACUCGAGACCCCGUCCCUGACUAAAAAGCUCAGCCAGACAAGCCAGAGCGUCUUCCUCCCGGUGGCCGACCUGCGGAAAGGGUACGAUCCCGUGGGCCGAACGACCACGAUGCGCACCCACCUCGUCCCGAUAACCUUCCCAGCCAUGGUCAUCCGCAGCCUGGGCAACAUCCUGUCCAGCAUCCAAGUCGACGGAAAGCCGGCUCCGCCCUCGCAACGGCUAGAAUCUAUCAUCCCGAAACUCCUCAAGGCGCCCCGCACGCUCCGGGACGAUAGCCACGACGGUGACGAUCCGGUCGGCCACCACAUCGCCGUCUGGGCUCUCGUCAUACCUCCGGGCUGUAUCAAAGUGGGCCUGCGCGUUUUACCCCCGCUACCCGUGGACAACUACGACCCCAAGGUAGAAUGGGAACUAGCCCAGCAAACGGCACGGAUGAUGGAUGAGUACCUACUUGCCGGCGCCCGAUUCCACAAAGUUUUGAGCGGCGGCGGCGGUUGGGGCGCGAAGCAAGGCCUCCUAUCCCUAGAUCCCCAAACGCGGCCCGGGACCGACGACCAGCGCGACCUCGACAGCUUCCAGGCAUCCUUCCUCGGAGGCCCCGGCGGCGGCGGCGGCGGCAGCGACGCCGCCCCACCCGGCUCCGGCAACGCGGACAGCAUCGUCAGCCCGGGAUCGCACGUGCAGUUCUUCGUCGAGGCGGCGUACCCGACGCGGGAGCAAUCGCUAGCCGACUGGGCCCGCCGCUGGGAUCCCGUCGAGACGAGGGAGUCGGUGACGGCCGCGUUCGGCACGCCCGGUGCCGUGAUCGGCGCUUCCCCGGUCGACGCCGUCGGCUCCUGCCCCGGCCUGUUCGGCGCCGUCUCGUCCGGCGGCGUCUUCCUUUCCACGCGGAAGGGGAAGGUGGCCGCCAAGGUGGACGCCCCUCGCUCGUAUCUCGUCGCCCGCUGCGAUGUCGCCCCGGCAGACCCUCCAGAGCAGACACCGGAACAAAGAAGAGGUCGAUAG